CGGACUCCCGCCACCCGAGCGCCGCCGCCGCGCCUGCAGCAGCGCGCCGCAGUCUGGCCUCCCGCCCCGGCCCGGGAAGGAAGGCCGGCGGCCGCGUCACGUGUCCUCGGCGAUCGCGAAACAGUUCCGGUGGUAAGGAGUCCUUUCCAAAUAUAACAGGAAUAAAGAAGUUACUUCCCCUGCUGCCAUCAUCUCCCAACAGACUGAGCAAGAAUAUUUUGAGCGCUACAGCAAAGACAGUCCAUCAAACCCUAGAUGAUGAUCAGCCGUGUGACUUUUUCAAGAAAGGGAAUAGGGUGAAUAAAUCUUAUCAGAAAAGCAGGUUUAUUUCUCGCAGCAAUAUGAAUGCAGGCCCCUCUUGGAAUAAAGUACAACGUCCAAAGAAUUCAAGAAAAAGGCAGAGUAAAUCCCAAGUCCCCUACGUCUCGUCCCAGCUGAAAAGCAGUCUCGGAGGAUGUGUCCCCCAACCAACUGAGGAUAAACUGAAGGAAAGCAUUUCCCCGGAAGGAAACCCCAAAAGGAGUCCCCUUGGCUACAGGUGUCGGGGGUCCUCAGGGAACAAGUUGUUUCUGGACUUUCAGACGAUGAAAAUUGUCAAAGAAGAUGCUGAGGAGGACAGUGCCAGUGACCUCUCUGAUUCAGAAAGAAUCCCCGUCCCCCCUUCUCCCCUCACGCCUCCAGAUCUUCACCUUCGAGCCGAAGAGAUUGAUGUGGUUCACUUCGAUCUGCACCCAGGGCAGGGUCCCACCCAGCCCGAAUACUGUUACCCCGACUUCCUCCCGGCCCCGUGUAACUCCUGGGACCUGCGGGACAUGGCUGUGCUCCUGCACUCUGAGCGCAGGACAGAGGCCGUGCCCAGAGCCGCGGGGCCGCUGGGGAAGUACGUCGACAGGCUUGUCCAGCUCGAGUGGCUACAGAUCCAGACUGUCCAGUGCGAGAAAGGAAAGGGCGCCAAGGCGAGGCCUCCCACUGCCCCUGGGACCUCGGGGGCUCUGAAAAGCCCUGGGAGAAGCAAGCUGAUUGCCAGCGCUCUGUCCACGCCUCAGCAGGAAGGGCCUCCGAAGUCAGGCCCUUCACGAAAGAAAGACGUGCACCGGGAAGACGUCCAUCCGUCCUAUUACACAUGUGAGGCUUCCACCAAACCCCUCGAUGUGCUGAGUAGCAGCAGACUGUGUUCUCAGAAGCAAACCCUGGACGUGCAGACAGAGGAGAAGAAAAAGAAAUCCAACAAGAGCUCCAAGCUGCAGCACUGGCAUCUGUCCUGCGGGGACGGCGGCGACCCUAACAUGGAGAGCAGCGUGAACCUUCGCUUUCCCAGGCAGCCAGCGGUGAUCGGGGACUCCACGGACACCUACAAGGCCUCCAGAGCGCCAGCACAUGCAACUCUUAAGAAAAAGGGAAAUGCAAAUAAUUGUGCUCGAGCCACUAUAUCCAGCGAGAAAAAGCUCAAAACAAAUGGAGUAAAACCAAACACACACAAAUUCAAAUCAUAACUGAGAUGAUGAAUUGCAAGGACCUGCAGGUGCCUCAAUAUUGGAGCGCUUCCAAAAGUUACAAUACUGUGAAUUUUAAGAGACUUUGGGAUUACUGACACUGAAGAGGUUGACCAGUUCUUUAGUCCACGCCACGCCCACCCAAGCCACAACCGGGUCGUUUCCAAAGAAGGGUGUCUUUCAGUAACCAUAUUUUGCGUUGACAGUCUUAGGCAAAUGAGAGCCCUUCAGAUAAAAAUUAACCAAGUUCUGUGCCAUAUAAAGAAAUAAAACGACAGCUCUCCAAGGGAAGAGUGGACUAAACUUCUGAAACCUCAGCCAGGCCACGUACAGCGUAUGUAAACUAGUGCGUACUGCUUCAAACGGUGUAGUAUCCUGAAUGUCUGAAAUAGGGCUCUCUGCAUCCUUAUCCUAAACUAUUCAAGCAGAAGGUCCGGGCAUCUCACUCCUGGGGAAGCUUCGGCUCUUCCUCGAGUUACGGAGCAGCUAUUAUGAGCAAAGUCAUUUAUCACUAAGCUGCCUGCUCCUUCCAGACAGUGGAAUCUAGUGCUUUCAAACACUUUCCCUGACGUGGGUUUAAAAAAAAACAAGGCCUUUUCAAUUUAGAGGUGGUGGCGAAGUCCAUUUCUAUAUUCUCUAAGCUGAAGUUAAAAUAGCGUGCAGGCUUCGUCCCAGUGGACGUCGGCGGGUCUGAGCACGGUUGUUAGCACGUGAUGGGAGGAAGAAUGAAACAGUUGGCACCAGAAUCCCCGGCAUGUGUGGCUUCUCUGAAGAGGUGCCGUGGGAAAAAGCAUCAGAAUGAUGAUCUGUCUUCAUUUGCGAGAGCAGGACUUUAUAAUCUUGCUGGGAGCAGGGGGUGGGAAGGCGGACCACGGAUCAGGUUACUGAAUGUCAACCUCCUCACCUGGCCCUGCGGCUUCCUGACUCCCCUGAAUGCUUCUUAUUUAACCGCUGUUAAGUCACAUCUACUUGUCCCUGUGGUUGUGCUGAGAGAUUUCUCUCGAUAUUAUGGUGAAUAUCUGUAGAACCUUUGCUUGACUACUUCUUGAUAUACAGUAUGUUUUAAUGACUGCAGCUGAUUUUAUCCCUUCAAACGAUUAUUCUAUUUGUUUUUUUACAUAUAUGUUUCUGUUUUCUCACCUUUGGGACAAAUGAAAAACUUGGCACUUUUCAUCUGAAAAUAUUUACUAACCCGCAGACUUUUCACCCAGUAACUCAGUGUCAUCCAAGGCACUGUUUAAGUUAACAUAAAGACAAGAUGCAUUUAUAAAUAAUUAAAAUAAUAGGCCAAAGUUGAAUAUUAAGAUGCCAUUUUAAAAUCUGAUUUUAAUCGUAUUAAACAACAAAAAUUUUUAUGGUAAUUUUUUUCCUUCUAAGACUUUUAUUUACAGAGUCCCUCUUAUAUUCUCUCUCACACCACCCUACUGGAGAAAGCACUGCUUACAAUAAAAUCUUAUGCAUUUUUAUAAAUGAACAAACGAUGUACAUCUGGCAGGCAUUACUUCUAUGGUUCGCAAUUAUACUAUAACUUUUGUACUCAGUAUAAGUAUAGUGUUUUGAAAACAUAGUGCUAGUCUUACUUUUCCUUUCUGUGGUUCCUGAGUGGCACCCCACAUGUCCCUCGACGGCCCUGCUCCUGUGAGUACAGAUGGGUUAGUCCUAUAUACACUGCCGGCACCCAAUUCAUGAGCCUUUCUCUGCUAGAUUUUUAUGCAGCUCUUUAUGAAGUAUUCAGGUUCGAUAAAUCUCUGUAAGCACAUUACAUAUAUUUACACACACAUAUAUAUAUACACAUAUAUACUCCUGAUAUUAAUCCUACAGGGUUUAUGCUGAGCUGCCGCCUCUCCCAGUAAUGCACCUGUGCAGGUACCCUCAGAGAUCUGGAGGGUGAGGGUGACGUAGUUUACCUUUCCCGGCCUUGUGUAUUUCUGAGCUGAUUAAGAAAUGUUGAGGUAACGCCUCGGAUGUUACAUUUGUUCCUAGCUCUUUGACUUGAAGUUGGUUGCUUAAUUUGGGGGGAUAGCUAUAAUGUCACAUGUUAAGGCAGUUUUAAAAGCCUGAAAAAGUGGCUUUACUUGUUUACUUUUUUGCCUCGGGUUGGUAGUUUAUUUUAACCAACAUUACUGUGAUUGGAUCAGAGCUCCUAAUGAAUAUAGGUUCAUUAUGGAACAUAAGCACAAUUUUGUGAUUUCUUUUUUUUUUUUUUUUUUUCAAACAUCUUUAUUGAAGUAUAAUUGCCUUACAAUAGUGUGUUAGCAUCUGCUUUAUAACAAAGUGAAUCUGUUAUACAUAUACAAUAUGUUCCCAUUUCUCUUCCCUCUUGCAUUUCCCUCCCUCCCACCCUCCCCAUCCCACCCCUCUAGGUGGUCACAAAGCACCGAGCUGAUCUCCCUGUGCUAUGCGGCUGCUUCCCACUAGCUAUCUAUUUUACAUUUGGUAGUGUAUAUAUGUCCAUGACACUCUCUUACCCUGUCACAUCUCACCCCACCCCCUCCCCAUAUCCUCAAGUCCAUUCUCUAGUAGGUCUGUGUCUUUAUUCCCGUCUUGCCACUAGGUUCUUCCUGGCCUUUUUUUUUUUUUUUUUUCCCUUAGAUUCCAUAUAUAUGUGUUAGCAUACUGUAUUUGUUUUUCUCUUUCUGACUUACUUCACUCUGUAUGACAGACUCUAACUCCAUCCACCUCAUUACAAAUACCUCCAUUUCAUUUCUUUUUA